AUGGUUGGAAGCAAACGCCUUAGGAGCAAACCCACCGCGACGGCGCACUCCGGAACGGCCGAAGCCUCACUGCCACCACGAGGUACAGCUGCUGCCAGCUAUUUGCAGCAACCUCCCAUCGCUGCCAGCACGUUCCAGCAGCUUCCCGGUGAGAUCCAGCAACAUCCCAUGGCUGCCAGCGCAUUCCAGCAGCUUCCCUGCGCAUUCCAGCAGCUUCCCAGCGAGUUCCAGCAGCCUCCCAUGGCUGCCAGCGUGUUCCAACAGCUUCCCGGAGAUUUCCAGCAGCCUCCCAUGGCUGCCAGCGCGUUCCAGCAGCUUCCCGGCGGGUUUUAG